AAGGCAGGUCAGAUGAAGGCUAGGUGGCUGGAACUACAACAUGGUGCCCAGCUUCCUCUCCCUGAGCUUCUCCUCCUUGGGCCUGUGGGCUUCUGGGCUGAUCUUGGUCUUAGGCUUUCUCAAGCUCAUCCGCCUGCUGCUGCGGAGGCAGAUGUUGGCUAAGGCUAUGGACAACUUCCCAGGGCCUCCCACCCACUGGCUCUUUGGACAUGCCCUCGAGAUCCAGGAGACGGGGAGCCUCGACAAAGUGGUGUCCUGGGCCCACCAGUUCCCAUAUGCCCACCCACUCUGGUUCGGACAGUUCAUUGGCUUCCUGAACAUCUAUGAGCCUGACUAUGCCAAAGCUGUGUACAGCCGUGGGGACCCUAAGGCCCCUGAUGUGUAUGACUUCUUCCUCCAGUGGAUUGGGAGAGGCCUGCUGGUUCUUGAGGGGCCCAAGUGGUUGCAGCACCGCAAGCUGCUCACACCUGGCUUUCAUUAUGAUGUGCUGAAGCCCUAUGUGGCCGUGUUCACUGAGUCUACACGUAUCAUGCUGGACAAGUGGGAAGAGAAAGCUCGGGAGGGUAAGUCCUUUGACAUCUUCUGCGAUGUGGGUCACAUGGCGCUGAACACACUCAUGAAGUGCACCUUUGGAAGAGGAGACACCGGCCUGGGCCACAGCAGGGACAGCAGCUACUACCUUGCAGUCAGCGAUCUCACUCUGUUGAUGCAGCAGCGCCUUGUGUCCUUCCAGUACCAUAAUGACUUCAUCUACUGGCUCACCCCACAUGGCCGCCGCUUCCUGCGGGCCUGCCAGGUGGCCCAUGACCAUACAGACCAGGUCAUCAGGGAGCGGAAGGCAGCCCUGCAGGAUGAGAAGGUGCAGAAGAAGAUCCAGAACCGGAGGCACCUGGACUUCCUGGACAUUCUCCUGGGUGCCUGGGAUGAAGAUGACAUCAAACUGUCAGAUGCAGACCUCCGGGCUGAAGUGGACACAUUCAUGUUUGAAGGCCAUGACACCACCACCAGUGGUAUCUCCUGGUUUCUCUACUGCAUGGCCCUGUACCCUGAGCACCAGCAUCGUUGUAGAGAGGAGGUCCGUGAGAUCCUAGGGGACCAGGACUCCUUCCAGUGGGAUGAUCUGGGCAAGAUGACUUAUCUGACCAUGUGCAUCAAGGAGAGCUUCCGCCUCUACCCACCUGUGCCCCAGGUGUACCGCCAGCUCAGCAAGCCUGUCACCUUUGUGGAUGGCCGGUCUCUACCUGCAGGAAGCCUGAUCUCUAUGCAUAUCUAUGCCCUCCAUAGGAACAGUGCUGUAUGGCCCGACCCUGAGGUCUUUGACCCUCUGCGCUUUUCCACUGAGAAUGCAUCCAAACGCCAUCCCUUUGCCUUUAUGCCCUUCUCUGCUGGGCCCAGGAACUGCAUUGGGCAGCAGUUUGCCAUGAGUGAGAUGAAGGUGGUCACAGCCAUGUGCUUGCUCCGCUUUGAGUUCUCUCUGGACCCCUCACGGCUGCCCAUCAAGAUGCCCCAGCUUGUCCUGUGCUCCAAGAAUGGCUUUCACCUCCACCUGAAGCCACUGGGCCCUGGGUCUGGGAAGUAGCUCUGAUGAGAAUGGGGUCCCAGAUGGCUCAGGCUGUGACCUCCCUGGGCACCACCCUCCCCAGGCUGGGUGUGGAGGAGUUGGGGCACCCUGCCUUCAGGAGGCUUGUAGUUUAGAAGGGAAGUAGGCAUUACCAUAGACGACUCCUAGAGGACAGUGCUAUGUAAAAAUGUGUGUCUAUAAAUGUUUAUCAUGCAUGUAUUCUAGAGCUCAUUCAUUUAUUCAACAAACAUUUGGUGAGCACCUAUUUCGUUCGAGAAACUUCAUUUAUCUCCUAUAAUUGGCAAACUUAAAAAUGCAGCAGAAACUUACAUUCCAACCUUAGAGACUCAUAGUGAGCACAAGGAAAGUUUUGCCCUGAGAUUCAUGGUUAUGGCUGGGUACCACCAAAUAGAAGAAUGGCUUAGGGGAGUGCCCCUUCACUGAGAUGUGUUUCUUUGUUGAACUUUGUGUGUGUGUGUUUAGAAUAUAACAGACAUAAGAAAAAAUUACCUAAAUGAAGACUGUACAAAAUAAUAAAUAAUUCUGAAGCAGA